ACAAUGUAACGUUCAUCCGAGAUUUCUUUGGCGCUGCAUAUUAGAUCGCUCACAUGUGUCCGUUGUGAAGCGAACAUAUUUUAAUAUUUAUUACGCGUAUUUAUUAAUUUAUUAGUGAAAAUGAACGUGACAUCGAAUCCGAAUAAUCCCAAUGCCUUGAAGCUAAUAGUGGCGGCAGAAAUAAGUAAAAAGGAGCUUGCAAUUGAAUUCACAAGUGAUCCAAAACAGUGUUCAUUAAAUCGUCUACCGACGCUAAAAAUAGAUUCGUCAAGAAAAGAAUUGUUUAGCGUUAAUGCAGCUGUGCAAUAUAUUUCACCAAUAAGUAACAAAGAUGUAAUUGUUGCAAACAGAUGGCUGGAAUGGGAUGUUUCACAAUUGCAGCCAGCAAUAGUUUCUUAUGGUGGAUCUGGAAAAUUAGAUGUAUCUCACAAGCCUCGAAUAUGGUCCCUUAUAAAAGAAUUAAAUGCAUCCUUGAAAAAUAAAGAGUACUUAAUUAAGGAUAAGGACAAUAUAACCAUAGUCGAUGCAUCUAUUUGGGUAACAUUAUGGUCUACGGUAGUUGUUACUGAUAUGGGAGAAGUAAUACGUAAAGAAUUUCCUAAUGUCGAUAGAUGGUUAAAACAUAUCGAAAGUCUACCCAUUAUUAAAAAAUGUUUAGAAAAAAUGAAUUUAGAACGAGGUAUUCAAGCUAUUAUGUCUAUGAACGCGGCAUCUUGGUUUCCUCUCAAUUCGUAUACUGGUGUUGCAAAUUCACAGAUUAUAUCCGCAGAAAAGAAUAAUAAUAAUUUAGAAGAUAAAGAGAUUAAAGCAAUUACAGAUGAAGAAAUUAAUCUUGUGAAGAACAGUUGGACAUCCGUGGUUUAUCCUUCCGUUAAGGAAAUUCCUUACCCUGUAUUGCCUAAAAAAGGAGAAAAAAAUAUUUUGGUGACGUCAGCUCUUCCAUACGUAAAUAAUGUACCUCAUUUAGGAAAUAUUAUUGGUUGUGUACUUUCAGCAGAUAUUUUUGCACGCUAUUGUCGACAGAGAAAUUAUAAUACACUAUAUAUAAGUGGAACCGAUGAAUAUGGCACUGCAACCGAAGCUAAAGCACUAGAGGAAAAAGUGACCCCUCAGCAAAUAUGCGAUAAAUUUUUCGAUAUUCAUAAUGACAUUUACAGGUGGUUCAGUAUUGGCUUUGAUUAUUUUGGUCGUACAACAACGUCGGAACAAACUGAAAUUGUUCAAGCAAUGUUUCUAAGAAUCAAAGAUAAAGGUUAUGUUUUAACAAAUAUAAUCGAUCAGCUCCUUUGUGAAAAUUGUGAUAGGUUCUUGGCCGACAGAUUUGUCGAAGGAACUUGUCCUAGAUGUAAAUACGAAGAUGCAAGAGGCGAUCAAUGCGACGGAUGUGGUCAUCUCGUCAAUGCUACAGAGUUAAUUAAUCCAAGAUGUAAAGUAUGCAGCAACAAACCAGUAAUCAAAGCUUCGACUCAAUUUUUCUUAGAUUUACCAAAGAUUCAAGAAAAUUUAAAGCAAUGGGCGAGUAAGGUAGAAGACGGCUGGUCACUAGUGGCCAAAACUGUUACAAAGCCUUGGUUGAGAGACGGCUUGAAAGCUCGUUGCAUUACAAGAGAUUUAAAAUGGGGUAUUCCAGUACCAUUGGAUGGCUAUCGAGAUAAGGUCUUUUACGUUUGGUUCGAUGCCCCUCUUGGGUAUCUCAGUAUUACAAAAAAAUAUACUAAGGAGUAUGAAAAAUGGUGGAAACCCAAUAACGUUGAUGUUAAUCUAUACCAAUUUAUGGCUAAGGAUAAUGUUCCAUUUCAUGCUAUUAUGUUCCCUGCAACUCUUUUAGCUGCUAACGAGGAUCAUAUAUUAGUAAAACAUAUAAUGGCGACUGAAUAUUUGAAUUACGAGGAUACGAAAUUUUCAAAAUCCAGAGGAAUCGGUGUAUUUGGUACGGAUGCCAGAGAAACUGGCAUAUCUGCCGAUGUUUGGCGUUUUUAUCUUGCUUACAUUAGGCCCGAAAGUAUGGACUCAAAUUUUAAUUGGGUAGACCUAGCAACAAAAAAUAACAGCGAAUUAUUGAAUAACCUUGGGAAUUUUAUAAAUAGAGCUCUUAUGUUUGUGGAGAAAAAUUUUAAUUCCAAAAUUCCACAAAUGGAGCUAUCCGAUGAAGAUAUGCAUGUGCUUGCACUGGUACAACGUGAAUUGACGAACUAUAUAUCCUUUUUGGAACAAGCGAAAUUACGAGACGGAUUGAAACAUGUUCUAGCUAUUUCAAAACAUGGAAAUCAGUACAUGCAAUAUCAGCAGCCAUGGGUUAAAAUUAAAGGAACGGAAGAAGAAAAGAAAAAGGGAGCAACUGUUAUUGGCGUAUGCUGCAAUAUCUCCUGUCUUAUCUCAGCAUUGCUGGCUCCGUUUAUGCCAAACACAGCCCGAGAGAUAAGGGUUCAAUUGGGAUUAUCAAAACAGAAUUAUGGCUAUAUCCCCGAAAUUCUUUCAAUUAUGCUCCCAGCUGGACACAGUAUUGGUAAACCCUCUCCACUAUUUUCCAAAAUCGAAGAGAAGCAAGUCGAAGAAUUAAGACACAAAUAUGGUGGAAAGCAAUCUGUAUCGGUAGAAAACUCACAAGAUUCUACUAAUUUAGCGUCGUUGGAAAAAGCAGUGGCAAAUCAAGCUCAGCUGGUGAGGGAUUUAAAAGCCAAACAAGGUAAAGAUGUUUGGCAACCGCAAGUACAAAUUCUACUAGAUUUAAAGAAAAAGUUGGCUGAGUUCCAAGUUAAUAGCAAUGUAUCGGGACAAGCGACUGCGAAGAGUAAAAGUUCUUCCACUGCAGCUGCUCCCGAGCAAAACGGUAACGUUACCGCGGAAAUAACCGAACUAGAAGCAGCAGUAUUAAAACAAGGUAAUCUCGUGAGAGAACUAAAAGCUAAGAAUGAAAAGAGCGUGUGGCAACCACAGGUGGAAGUUCUUCUGCAAUUGAAACAAAAAUUGAGCGCAUUAACCGGUGCAGUGCAUUCACCACCACCUGGGGAUAAAAAAUCGAAGAAGAAAAAAAUUAAUUCUUGAAGAUAAGAUGCCUGAAACUACCAUAAAUGAUUAAUGUUUUAAAACUGAUUGUUUCGAAGCAAAUUUUAACUCAUCUUUUUGUGGGUGUAAAAUGUGGAACUGUAUUAUGUGAGCGAUUAUAAAUUAUCAUUAUUAUUAAUUU